UUUCAGAUUUACUAAUUGAUAUCUUCCCUACCACACUCCCAUAAAAUCUGAAGUUUAUGUGUUACUUCCUUCCUUCCUUCAUUGUAUGGCGGAUCCUGAACAAUACCACGGAUUUGUCUACAACAAUCAAGGGCAAAUUGAUAUCCUCAAAUCUCCAUUCUUCGACGUCAACUUGGAGAUCGACCGUACCGUUGAAGACUACGUCGAAAGAAUUAUCUACUCUCUCGUCGCCGCUAUUGACGAACAACUCUCUCCUGCUCGGGGGCAAAUCAUUUCCAAAUCUUGAUAAAGAUAAGAAUGCAGGACGGUCAGACAAUCUGAAUUUUGAGCAUUCAACUGUUAAUGACCCAAAAAAUAUUCGCGUCAAGUUGGUAUUACUAGGUGAUUCAGGUGUUGGUAAAAGCUGCAUUGUUCUACGCUUUGUUCGAGGACAGUUUGACCCUACCUCUAAGGUGACAGUGGGCGCAUCAUUCUUAUCACAAACUAUAGCCUUGCAAGAUUCCACAACAGUUAAAUUUGAAAUAUGGGACACAGCUGGGCAGGAGAGGUAUGCUGCAUUGGCUCCGCUCUACUAUCGGGGAGCAGCUGUUGCAGUUGUUGUGUAUGACAUAACCAGUCCAGAUUCUUUCCUCAAAGCGCAAUACUGGGUUAAGGAACUUCAGAAACAUGGAAGUCCUGAUAUUGUGAUGGCUUUAGUGGGCAACAAGGCUGACCUGCAUGAAAAUAGGAGAGUAUCUGCUGAAGAAGCAGUUGAGUAUGCAGAGAAAAAUGGCAUGUUCUUCAUCGAGACAUCGGCAAAGACUGCCGAUAACAUUAACCAGCUAUUUGAGGAGAUCGCGAAGAGGUUACCCCAGAGGCAAAGUUCCUGAUACCUGGCUCUCCAAAUUGUUCUCAUAGGUAUCCAUUAUACUUUGUUGGAGCUGUUAUAUUUACUGUGAAGAGCUACUUACAAAGGGUUUCUUAUGUACCAAUUAUAAGGAAAAAAAUAUUUAUAUGGACUAUGUUUGUUUGUUUGAUGACACAAAUUUUAUAAAGUUUAUCAGGUAAAUGUCUGCCAUGAGGAUUGGAUUCGAAUGUUUUAGAACUAUACUUUGAAAUAUAUUAGUUCUCUUUUGAUAUUAUAA